AUGAUAACGGUAGAUCCAAGGCCACCAGCUUUCAAAAAUGCAGCACAUGAGAUAUCAGUAGUAUUGCUGAUAAUGUUUGCACAAUUAUUAAAUCAAGCAGGCACAACACAAACGUUACCAAUGAUGAACUUAUUAGAAAAAUCAUUUCCUAAUAUAACGCCAAAUGAUAAAGUUUGGUUCAUGGCUGCAUUCCCAUUAACUUCAGGUGCUUUCAUUUUAAUAUCUGGUAAAUUUGGUGAUUUAUAUGGAUUGAAAAAAAUUUUACUUAUAGGUAUUUCAUGGUCAUUAAUCUGGACACUCAUGACUGGUAUUGCAGGGUAUUCUCAUAAUAUCGUCUUUUUUUGCUUAUGUCGUGGGUUUCAAGGGAUUGGAUUAGCUUUUAUAUUGCCCUCUGCCAUUGGUAUAGCUGGUAAUUUAUACCCUAAUGGUCAAAGGAAAGCACUAGUUUUUUGUUUUGUUGCAGCUUGUGCACCAACAGGUGCUACUUUAGGUGUUGUGUUUGGUGCUUUAACUGCACAGUUUGGACAUUGGCAGUGGGCUUAUUAUUCUAAUGCCAUUGUGUUGGCAUUGAUGGGUGUUUGUGUCGUGUAUUGCGUUCCAAAGAUUAAACCUCAUCAUUCUUCAAGUAAAAUGGAUUGGUUAGGUGCUAUCACUGGUGUUACAGGGUUGAUAUUGUUUAAUUUCUCAUUCAAUCAAGCUCCAGAAGUUGGCUGGUCCAGUCCAUAUAUCAUUGUUUUAUUAAUUGUUGGUGUUUUGUUUUUAAUUGCAUUUUUCUACAUUGAAAAAAGAGUUGAGUCACCCAUUCUGCCUAGUGAGAUUAUGAAUACUCAUUUAUUGCUUAUUUUAUCAGUUAUUGCAUUCGGAUGGGCAAGUUUCUCUAUAUGGACUUACUACUAUUGGACUUUCCUCUUAAAUUUGAAGAACUGGACGCCACUUUCAGGUGCUGCUUCUUAUGGCUGUUUGUUAUUCUUUGGAAUUGUUGCUUCUCUUAUGGUUUCCGUCUUGAUUAGAAAAAUUAGAGCUUCAUAUAUUCUAUUUGCUGCAAUGUGUGCAUUUUUCAUUGGGAUUACAAUGUUAUCAACAACACCUGUUCACCAAACCUAUUUCAAUAUGAUCUUUGCUCAGAUGGUUAUUCUAAGCUUUGGUAUGGAUAUGUCAUUUCCUGCAGCCUCGUUGGUGCUAUCAGAUACAUUACCCAAAAGACAUCAAGGUAUGGCUAGUUCGUUAGUUUCCACAAUGAUUAAUUAUUCACAAUCUAUAUCAUUAGGGUUCGCAGGAACUGCCGAAACAAAAAUAUUCGCUAAAACACAUGAUUUAUUGAAAAGUUAUAGAGCUGCAAUGUAUGUUGGAGUUGGACUUGCCAGUAUCUCCAUCUUAUUGGCUAUUGUAUUGGUUAUUUGUGAACAAGAAGAAGACCAUGGCGAGUCUCUUGAACUGCCUGAAAUCCAAAGCUACUCACUUGAAAAGCAGAGGACAAAUAAAAAGGAUAUAGAAGAUGUAUAG